AUGAAUUAUCCACACAAUACAGAUAAUAACGAUAUUAUUUUACUUUUAAUUGAUUGUAUAAGUUAUAAAGAUAUUUCAAGACAAUCUAUUGAUAGAAUUAAACAAUUUGUAGAGAAUGAAAAUGAUUUUAAAAAAUUAGUUAACAACUUAAAUAUUGGUUUAGAUUAUAUAUCACAACAACAACAACCAACAGCAACAACAAUAAUAACAAAUAAUGGGGAUUUUAAAUCACAAUUAUAUUCAAUAAUGUCUGAUAUAUUUCAAACAGUUUAUAUAAAAAAUAAAGAUAUUAUUGAAUUCAAUAACUUUAUUUCAAUUUGUUUUACUCCAUCAUUAUUAACUUCAUUAUUAACUCCAAUUAUUAGUCAUAAUAUAACAUCAUUUUUACAAAUUUUUAAAAUUAUUUUAAAUUGUAAAAUUAAACAUUUAAAUGUAUUCACUGUUGAAAAUAUAAAUGAUAUUCAAUAUUUUUAUAGAUCAUUAAAAAAUAUAGCUACAAGAUAUCCAAAAAUUAUAAAUAGAAAUUCAAACAUUUUAAAUGAAGAAUUAUUAACAAAACCUAUAUCAAUGUUAUUAGUAAAGAUAAUUAUUGAUGAUUUAUCAACAUUACCAAUUACAAUGGAACCAAAACAAUAUGAUGAAAUUGUAUAUCAAUAUACAAAAACUAUUCAAUUAUUUUGGAAUAGUAAUCAAUUAAGUUCUAUUCAAGUUUCAAUGGAACAUAUGUUUAAAAAAUUAAUGAUGUCAUCAUCAUCAUCAUCAUCAUCAUCAUCGAAUAGUAGUAGUAGCAGCAGUAAUAAUGAAAUUAUAACACCAAGUAUUUCAAACGUUUUAAAUCAAUCACCAAUUGAAUUAAUACCAUUGUUUAUUAAUAUUAUUGAUAAUGGAUCAGUUAGUGAUAUUGAUUUAUUGGAAACAAUUACAAAGUUAACUCAAUGGCCAUUAACACCAACCAAUUCUAAAUGGAUAUUAGAAACAUUUAAUUCAUUAAUAAGAUCAAAAAAAACAACAUUAUUAGCAUCAAUAGUUGUUGAAUCUGCUCUAUCAGUCAUUAAACAAAUGUUUGUACUUCCAUUAUUAUCUUCAUCAUUUGAAAUACUACAAAAGAUGUUACUAGGUUAUCAACAUUCACCAGACACUUUUCAUUCAAUCAUUGAUUUAUUUCCAAUUGUUAUUGAAUUAUUAUUAAUGUUUCAUAAUAAAAUCAAUGCUAUUCAACAUCAACCUAAUGGCGUUGAUGAUGGUGAUGGUGAUGAUGCAAUUAAAAGAAUUGAAUUUAUUAAUCAAAAUACACAACAAACAGUUUAUAAAUUAAUUAAUGAAUGUAAUAAAAAUAGAAAAGAGUUAUUGUUAAUAUCAAUAAAGAAUACAUCUCAACCAUCUAAAUAUAGAAAUACCAUUUUGAUAACAUUGAUUAAAUUUUGUCAAUUAUCAUAUACAUUAAUGUUUCAUCAUACUGGUUAUCCUGAACUUUAUGCACCACUAUUGGAAUCAUUAAAUAAAUGUAACCAUUUAUUACCUUCAAUUCCAUCAGAAUUUCAAAUGAAACGAUUACUUCAAGAUAACGAAUGGCAAUCACUAGAUUCAAUGGUUUUUGAAAAUAUAAAAUUAAAUAGAGUUUUAACUGAUCGUUCAGGUUUAAUUAAUCUUGGUAAUACUUGUUAUAUGAAUUCUUUCUUACAAUCACUUUAUAUGACAAUACCAUUUAGAAAUUAUUUAUUAUUUAAAAUUGAUCAAAAUUUAAUUAAAUUUAUAAAUAAUAAUAAUAAUAAUAAUAAUAAUAAUACCAAUAAUAAUGAUAAUAAUAAUGAUGAAGAAAUUUUUAAAAUUUAUUCAAAAGAAAUUUUAAAAAGACCACAACUUUUAAAACAAAUUCAAUUAUUAUUUGGUAAUUUAAGAUUAUCUAUAAAAGAAUCGAUUUCACCAAACUUAUUCCUUCAAUCAUUACCAAUUGAAUUUCAAACUGGUCAACAACAUGAUUCUUUUGAAUUUGGUAAAUCAUUAUUAGAUCAUUUAGAUUUAAUUUUUAAACAACAAAUAAAAAAUGAACAACAACAGCAGCAGCAGCAGCAACAGCAACAACAAUUAAAUUUAAAAAAUUCAAAUAAUGCUAGCAAUUCAACAAAUAUAGUUACAGAGAUAUCUAAUCAAUUUGGUGGUAAAUUAUCACAAAUAACAACAUGUAGAAAAUGUAGUAGUGAAUCAAUUAAAGUUGAAGAGUUUUUAGAAUUAUCAUUACCAUUUCAUGAUCAUCGUAAACAACAAUAUCAAUUGGAAGAGAUGAUCAAUGGUUACCUUUCAAAUGAGGAAUUAAUCGGUGAUAAUAGAUAUCAUUGUUCAAAGUGUAACUCUUUACAAGAUGCUGAUAAAAUAAUUGAAAUUAAUGAAACUCCUAAUCAUUUAAUCAUUGGUUUAAAUAGAUUUCAUUUUUCAAGAGAAACUAAAUCAAUUGAAAAACUUUUAAAUCAUGUUGAUUAUCCUUUAAAUUUAAAUUUACCUUUUAUUCAAAAUCAUCAAAAAGAUCGAAAUAAUGAUGAAAUUAAAAAUGAAAAUGAAAAUGAAAUUAAAAAUGAAAAUGAAAAUGAAAAUGAAAAAGAAGAUUUUAAAAAGAUUAAAAUUAAUGAAAAUGAUGAUGAUGAUGAUGAUGAUGAUGGUGAUGAAAAUAGUAAAGAAAAAAAGAAGAAAUCAAUAAUAAAAUUAUCAAAUUAUUCAUUAUAUUCAGUAAUCAUUCAUAGUGGUAGAUCACCAACUCAUGGUCAUUAUUAUAAUUAUAGUUGUACUAGUAGUAAUAAUAGUAAUGGUAAACCAGUGGAUUGGUGUCUCUUUAAUGAUUCAAUGGUAAAGAUAACUGAUGUUCAAACUUUUAAAAAUAUUAACAAACAAUUCUAUACCGAUGUGCCCUAUAUUUUAUUUUAUGUUAAAAAUCCAUCAUUACCAUCAUCACCUAUUGAUAAUACUAUUGAUACUACUAAUAAUGAUGAUGUAUCUCCAUGGAUAAAACAAUCAAUUAUUAAAGAGAAUCAAAAUUUAUUAAGUAAAUUUAAUAAUACUAAAAAUAAGAAUUCUAAUAUUCUGGAACAAUUUCAUACUUCUGGAUAUUUUAAAAAAAAAUAA